GGGAGAGCUAACAGCAAGGCACGCACAAAGACGUCUCGCUGCGCACUCUUUUAUUUUGGAAACGCCUGUAUUUGUGUGCGUGUCUGCGACUUGAAGUUGACUGGAAGGACCUGCAGGGUCAGCCUGUUGCGCACUUGGCGGCACACACGGACGGAGCGCACAACAGCUGCAUGGAUGGAGCCAGUAAUGGACUUCCCUUAAUGACUUUUAUGGUGUUUGUUUGGAUUCCCAUCGGGUCUAAUUUAACAAGGGCUCUUUACUACCACCGCGGUGCGGAUACUGCCUUUUACGCAUCCCGGGGAGCAGGGACAAAAGGGAACCUCGAGACUGUCAACAGCAGAGAGCAACAGAAGAAGCACAGGAGCUGUAAAAACAGGAUCUGCUGCUGCUGCUGACAUGUUUCAGAGAUGGUCAACAAGGCGAUGAGGACCUGAAGCCUGCCGACAACAACCCAUGUGUGUCCCACUGAACACACGCGCUAAAGAGUUGCAGGCACCAGUCUUCUUGUAGUGUGUGUCUGUGUGUGUGUGUGUGUGUGUGUUUGGCUGCCCCUUUGUGUGUAUGUUCACACACUGUGCUGACUUCAGACUUCAGCCCAAGAGUAUGGUCCAACUGUCCAACUCAGUCUGCCUGCUGGGAGGCCUUUUGGGCCUGUUUCUGCUCGUGCCUGUUCAGAUGGCCCCAACGCCAGCCAGCUUGUGCACACCCUUGAAGACGCUCAACGACAGCCUUAGCCACAGGCGACGGUACAUGAAGCACAACUUCCCCAUCAACUACACCAUCAGGGUUCAUCAUAACGAAGUCUUUAAACUGUCAAACAUCAGCAGAAUGAGAUUACAGGUGGAGGGAUUGGAUGACCUGGUUCUCCAGAGGUUGUGGUUCCAGGUCAACCAAGGCGUGUUAAAAAAGAUCAUCCGGGUCAUGCCAGAGAGACACCCGUCACGUCCAUACGCGGCCGAGUUGGAGAGGCGCUUCAGGGAUGCAGAGGGAGUCUUUGUGCAGUCGCAUCAUGCUGAGGUGUUCCAGCAGGAGCUUCCAGAGAGUAUUCAGGACACUUGGGAUCUUUUAACAGAAGAGCCUGACAGGGUGCCAGAGUCCAGAUGGCGAUAUGUUUCUCCGAAAUCUCUUCUGGACAACUUCUGCCAUACCAUGCACUGUCUCUUCAGCAAAUGCUUUGUGAGCAUGGAGGAGCAGCAGGACUACUGUAGUGUUUCUUAUUGGAGGAAAGGCAAGAAGAAAGACUUACAUCCUGAAAGCUGAGAAGAAGACAGCAGGGUGAAGUUGUCCCUGUUGAUACUGAUAAGGGAUUGGUAUCAUGAUCUCCCUUAAGCUCUAGGGAGAGGGGUAAAAGAAAAAAGACAAUUUGUAGGUACAGUAACAGUAUUCAUGGUGAUUUUAGGAGCAUAUGGAUUUUCUGCUAAAAUAAUCUAAAGCUCAUUUGGGAGUAAAAGCUCCAUCUCCAACAAUUCUCUGUCAUUCAGGAAAAGCGUGUGAAACAUUUGUCUCUUCACAGCAUCUCACGUUUGAUGCUUGGGUUUCCAACUUUUGGAAAUGGAUGGACUAAAUGGACUAAAUUAAUAUAUGAUCAGUGUAUUAGAUAAAUUCUUUUCAAGAAGGAGGGUACGGCACAAGUUAACGAAAGGUUAACUUUUCACUUGGAGGGAGGACAUCACUGUGGCUUUGCCAAAUCUCUGUCCAAAAAGUCCUGUGAUGUGCUCCAGUGGUUCAUUCCAGAGAUCAACAAGAUGCAGUAAAAGAGACUACACAUCGGAUUGUUAUUAUAUUGAGAAACCGCUCUUCCAUCAGCGCUUCUUUCAAACAUCAAUGAGCUAGAACGAGACGGACUGCACAACUACUGUUGUCUCUUCUCUCUUCAGUUGUUGUAUGCAUCUUCUACCCACAGCCUGUGUUCACAGUGUUUAUUUUAACUGUGCUACAGGCCCAUAUUGCAUAUUCAAAAGCUGCCAAAAUAGGCUUGUUUAUCAUUAUCAUGCACAAAGAAUGAGUGUUGAACCUGGACAAACAACCACAUACAAUUAUCACCCUCCGUCCAAGUUAUGCAUUUUUAUAUAUAUUGUAGGUUUUUUGUUUUUUUAUCUGGCAAAUGUUGAAUAUUUUGGUGGAUUAGUUACCUGUGCAAAGCCUCAACACUUACCCCAUUCCACAAAAUAACUCUCAAUAAGUAUCAUUAUUAUUUUUAAUUUUUUUGGCAUGGAGUAAGUGUGCAGGCGUACCUAUUUGCAUUGAUGCUAUUCUCUGUCUCUGGCCUUGCACCUCAGUGAUGUGUGUAAAAUUACUCUCCUUAAAGCUUUGAAGCAUUUCAAAUAUGAAGUAACAUCACAGUCAGAGUUUGUUUGUACUUUAUAAACAGGUUAUCGUGUGCAGGAUAACAGAUUGUGUCUGUACAGCUGUAAAAAUGAAACCUUAAACUCAACUUCAUCUUGUAGCAGACAUUACAGGUUAUUCUCUCAUCCAAACAUUAGUUUUAUUCUGACAAAUUCUGACUAAGCUUUUACUUCAUUUCUGAGGUCGUGACAGCUUGUGUUUUUCUUCCCCACUUGUGCAAUUCCUCUCAAUGCUAUCUUGUUGCUGUUAAAUGUGUUAUCUUGUCAGGUUUUGAGAACAGCUAUCAUAUAGAGAUCAUAUUUUAGUUUAGGCACUAUGGUUGUGAGGCUCAACAUGAAACACCAAAUGAAAAUCUGUGAAAAACGUUGAAACAAAGGCACAUCAAUAUUAUUUGUAAUCAUAUGCAAUGCAUGCACGGGAUUAACAGCCAACGGUUCCCAACAAAACCCAACUGAAACCACAAUCAAAUGAAA